UCCGACGUCCUAUCCCAGCCUGUGCAGCCUCAGGGCUGGAGCCAGGAGGCAAGCGAGGCCGUGUGCGAGGCUCCUGGAAGAGCUCUCAGCCCAGCUGCUGGCAGCAAGACAUGCGCAUUGCAGGGCGCCCUCUCACCCUCUCAGCUAUGCCAAGUAUGUGAGCAGCAGAAGAGAACAGCGAGACGCGCGCACGGACCAACUGCUAGACCAUGGGGCGCUCCUGCCAGCGGGAGGACGGGCUGCUGCGCUUGUCGCUGCCGCCUGCUUCAGAGGAUCACCCAGCGGUACCCUUCUGCGCGGCGGCAACCGCAAGCAACUAACUGAAGGAGGAGCGGCGGCGGCGACCAGGCAUGGCUGACCCUCUGCGCAGGACUCUCUCCAAGCUGCGGGGCAGGCGGUCGCAGCGAGAUGCAAGAGGCGCGGGGGAAGCCUCCGGGCACCCCAAUGGUGGAGGCAGUAGCCGCGGCGGCGGCGGCGGCGGCGUCCUUCAAGGUGAAGCCCAGCAGAGUCUGCAGCAGCAAGAAAACGGGAUGACGGUCACGCCGUGCGCUCUUCUGGGCAGCCCAGCAGGCGGCGGCGAGGUCCUCGUGUCCCCGCUGGAGGACCUGGGGCUGCGGGAGUCGGCUGCUUGGUCCCGGCGGGGAAAGGCGGUGAUGCCUGGGCAAGACUUCUCUGGAACCACCAUUGCCCAUCCUUGCGCUCCGGGAAACUGCGUGGAAGAGACCCCGCUGUCGCCGUCUAGCCCCCAAGGGCUCCGUGCGCCUCCGGCGGCCGAGCUCUGUUUCUCCUCUUCCCCUUUUUUCCCGAGGGGCACGGACUCUGGAUCUGCCCUGGAGCGCGGCGGCGGGAGCGAAGAAGACGAUUACUAUGAUAACCAGAACCUACCCGGUUGGGGCUGCCCAAAAGUGUCCCGAUCGCAGGAAAAGGCGCGGGGAAACAUGGAGGGCAGCGUGGCCACCUUUGCUGCUGCUGAUGGUGGUGGCGGCGGCGUCCACAACCGAGCCAGGGCACGGGAGAGUACCGGCAGACUACGAAGCCAGCUGCAGGAGGCCUAUUACCUGCUGAUCCACGCCAUGCACGACCUGCCCCCGGCCAGCCCCACGGUCGGGGUCCGCUCUCCUCAACCUGCUGCCCACCCACCCUCUUCCUUCUUGCCCGAGUCUUUCUCGUGCGCAGACGGCGGCUCAUCUCAGCUGCAAGUACCCAAUCCUGGCUUCCAAGCCUCAGCCAGGGACCCUGCCUGGCGCCAGGGCAUCAGCAAGAGCCUGGAGAGCCUCCUCUUUGCUCAGCCCUCCGCCAAACCGCCGUCCUUGCGAAGGUGCAGCAGCGACAGCGCGCUACGAUCCCUGCUCCAAAAGCCUUUGCCGCUCCAGGGCCACCUGCUGCAGCAACUACAGCAGCCGGGCACAAGGCGGGAAGCCUGUUUCCUCGCAGCUGCCGCCGCCUGCUCUGGCGAUAGCAGCUGCGAGCAAAGCCCCAGCAGCCGACGCGUUUGCGAGACGCAUCCGUUGGCGCCCCGGGAUGACUUGGCGCAGAUGCUGCUCCCGAAGUUUGGCCCGAAGCUCUGCACCGCCCUGGAUGAGGCAGUGGCGUUGAAGGGCACUAUGGCUCCAGCAGCGGCCUGCAGCGAUAGGAGUCAUGAGGGCCCCACAGCAAAUGCCCCUGGGGCCCCCUUCAAGCCUCCAGCGGUGACGGUUAGGAAGCUGCAGAAAUGGAUGUACAAAGGACGCCUCCUCUCCUUGGGCAUGAAAGGCCGCAGUGGGGCAGCUGGGCCUUCCUCCCCUUCCUCUCCCACAAAAGCCACCAGGACCUGCGGGCCAGCAACUCCACCUCCUGCCCCUUUGAGGGGGCAAGGCGACAAAGCCUUAGUAUCCCCUUCAGACCAAAGAAUCUUGCUGACAGAUUUGAUUGAAACUGUUUACAUACCCUCUGUGAGCAGAAGAGAACUUAAGAACUUUAAAUCCACUGAACUUUCUGAAUGCAGGCCUAGGAUUGCUAGCAUCACAGUAUCCAAGAAACGUAACUGGUUACAUCAAAGUUCCCCAAGAGUGCCUAAUUUGGAAAAAGGAAACUCCUAUAAGAAAAUGUCAAGGGAAAUACACCAGACACUGAAAUCUCCUAGUCCCUUGCUUGAGCCGAAGAUGUCUCAGACUUUUUCCAAACUUCUAGGGCAUGAAAGCCCUAAAAGAAGAGUUGGCUCUGUACAUGCUGCUGAGAAUGGGACGAGCUCUUUGGCACUGCGAAACUGUACGUUAGAUUUUGGUGAUGAUAAUGAUGCAGAUGAUGAAGGAGAAAUAUGGUACAAUCCUAUCCCUGAAGAUGAUGAGCCUGAUUUCCCUUGUUUUAUUCAUGGUAAUGCUGAUCGUUUGGACUCUCAAGCCAUGAAUUACAAGAUGCCCUCUGGGAAUGACUUGGUUAAAGUCAUAGGACAUAAUGAAGGCCCUCCAUGCUUCUCAGACCUUGUUGGAAAUGCUCUACCCAGGGAAAUUAAUCACAUAGAUUGUAUACAUUCCAUGGAACAUUUGCAAGUACACAAGCAAAAGCCUGCAUGCAGUAUUCAAACUGGGUUUGCAAUGGAAGAUAGUCCUACAUUAAAAGGUACUUUGGGAGGGCCUGGAAUCUUGCCUGCAAGCAAGCCUGAGACGGGAGCAGCAGAAUAUUCUCCUCCAAGUCCUAACCCUUUGAAAAAAGGUGGUUCAAUAAACUGGCCUUUCCCUGAUAAAAUAAAAUCCCCGAGAACGGUGAGGAAACUUUCCAUUAAGAUGAAAAAAUUGCCAGAGCUGAGUAGGAAGCUGAGUGUCAAAGGAAAUUCGAGCCAUAGUAGCACAGACAAUUCUUCGCUGCUUAAAAAUAAUUGCCAGGUUAUAGGUCAUGGACCCUUACCCUCUUCUGGGAACAUUAUGGCAGCAGCUAGCAGGAACGUUAUAAGCCGGUACCAUCUUGAUAGCAGUGUGUCCUCCCAACACAACUGCAAAAAGAAAAGCGGUGGAAGUUCCAAAUCAUCCAGCAAAGGGGGCUACCUCAGUGAUGGAGACUCUCCUGAGCUUAUAACAAAAUCAGGAAAACACAGCAUUGAAAGCCAGGCUGGGAAAGAAAAAGAAGCAUUUCCAAGCAACAAUGGUAAUAAGACAGAAAUAGACAUUGAUGCUUUUAGACACUACAGUUUUGUUGACCAACCCAAAUGUUCCCAAUACAUAUCUGGACUCAUGAGCAUUCAUUUCUAUGGUGCGGAGGAUCUGAAACCACCACGGAUGGACUCAAAAGAUGUCUUCUGUGCAAUUCAGGUGGAUUCAGUAAAUAAAGCCAGGACUGCCUUGCUGACGUGCAGAACAACUUUUUUAGACAUGGACCAUACUUUCAAUAUAGAAAUAGAAAAUGCCCAACAUUUAAAAUUAGUGGUUUUCAGUUGGGAGCCCACACCAAGGAAAAAUCGGGUCUGCUGCCAUGGUACGGUGGUUCUCCCUGCACUUUUCCGAGUGACAAAGACUCAUCAGUUGGCAGUAAAGCUGGAGCCUAGAGGUAUUAUUUAUGUCAAGCUGACCCUUCUGGAACAGUGGGAGAACUCUCUCAAUGGAUUAAAUGGAGAACGAGAACCAGUAAUGUUUGGGGUGGAUGCCUGGAAAGUUGUUGAGAAGGAAAAUAUAGGCUUGAUGGUGCCCCUGUUGAUGAAGAAGUGCAUUAUAGAGAUUGAAAAAAGAGGCUGCCAGGUUGUAGGUCUGUACCGUUUAUGUGGCUCAGCAGCUGUCAAGAAAGAGCUCCGAGAGGCAUUUGAGAAGGAUAGCAAAGCUGUUACUCUCUAUGAAACCCAAUACCCAGAUAUAAAUGUGAUAACAGGUGUCCUCAAGGACUAUUUAAGAGAGCUGCCUUCUCCCUUGAUAACCAAACAACUCUAUGAAGCAGUAUUGGAUGCCAUGGUAAAAAAACCCUUGAAAAUGACAGCAAAUGGAUGUGAUAAUGACCCUAGUGAUUCUGAGCAUACAGUGACUCUCUUGGAUUGCCUGCCAGAAGUUGAAAGGGCAACACUAAAGAUGCUGUUGGACCAUCUGAAAUUGGUGGCUUCAUACCAUGAAGUAAACAGAAUGACAUGCCAGAACUUAGCUGUAUGUUUUGGGCCUGUGUUACUGAGCCAGCGGCAGGAAACCACCAAUCAUAACAACAGAGUUUUCACUGAUUCAGAAGAGCUUGCCAGUGCCUUGGACUUCAAAAAACACAUAGAAGUUUUACAUUACCUACUCCAGCUGUGGCCAGUGCAACAUUCAGCUGUCAAAGAAUCUGCAUUGCCUGAACAGCAGUCUUCUGUGACUUAUCUGAGACCUAAGAAGCAACGGCCUCAAAUGUUGAACUUGAGCAGUACUGAGAUGUCAGGCAUCCUGAGGUCCAGGCCAGCCAGACUGGAUAGCCCUUCAAGUAACCGCUAUGCUGGAGACUGGAGUGAUUGUGGGGAGAGAUACUUCAUAAGCCCCAAAGAGGCUCUGAAUGAAGCAGACUACGAUGAGGUUCCUUCAGAAGAUGCAGAAAGUGGGGAUGAUGGCAGCAGAGUUGUUGGUCCAGAUAAGCUGACUGAACGACCCCACUGCAUGUCCAAAGAACAUACAUUUCAGGCCUAUUUGAGAGUGCAGACAAUGGAUUCUGCAGUGGACCACAGAGUAAACCUCAAAGAUCUGCAGGAAAGCAUUGAUACUCUGAUAGGAAACCUGGAACGGGAACUCAAUAAAAACAAGCUUAAUAUCAGUUAUUAAUGAUUAAUCUCCCUCUGCAACAACUUCCUGUUUGCUGUCACCUUUUUCCUGUUUCUUCCUCAAAAGAGGGGAGGCAGAGAACGCCCAGCCUUGGUGGGGGUGCAGAUAUUUUCAUGGCAUUGUGCAGUGGUUUUGAUUCACCAUAGGGUUAGUGCAUUCAUAUUACACAGUCUGUUCUGCUUUGUCAUUCCUCCUUUCUCUCCCCGUCCCCCCUUCUCAUUUGAAGAAGGUAUCGGCUUGACCUUCUGGGUUUGAAAAAAAAUGUUCCUUUUUGUGAGAUAAUUCUAGAAUUUCCUUUUCCCCUUCAAGGUACUAUGCACUUAUGAAGUUUGGACAAUUUAUGCAAGAUAUGCAAGGCAUCAUCUCUGUCUAUAUUACACAGGAACAACGGUCACUUGUUCCUGAAAUUUUACCCCUGAUACGGAUGUUCUUCCAGAAGGGAGGAUUAAUGUUGCUGCUUACGUGAUAAUUUGCAGCACAAACUGCAGGUAGAUCAUGUUCUACCAUAUUUGACACCUUCUUCACUUGCAAUGCAAAGGCUGCUAUGAAAAUUAAAUGCUUUUUAUAUAUAUCUAUAUAGCUAUAUAUGAAAACGUUAAUUGUACAAAUAUUAAUGUAUUCCUGUAUUAACGCUUUCCUGCAAUUAUUUAAACGUGAAAAAAAUAAAUAUUUUUCUAACUUUUUGUUUUAUACAUAUUUAUAUUUUAAAAGCAUUGGGCUCAAUCCACUCCAUUUUGGGUACAGUGCCUGUAUGUGGAGAGUUCACCAUAGGCCCCCUCUCUCUCCUUCCUGCUCUCUCCUCUGUUUUGGCCAUGCUAAGCUGUUUCCCACUGACCAGCUGAUAAGCAGAAAGGGGCCAGAUCAAAUCCAGCUGCAGGCCAAGUGUGGCCCAAGGGUUCCCCUCCCCUGUAAUAGAGCAUAAAAUGCGGACAACACCUCAUGCAGGCAGCAUAAUAGGCCAUUGUUGGAAACAGAAGGAUUGGGCACGCCAUGCAUCCCAUAUUGUGUCCAGCCUUCCCCUUUCCCCACCUCAAGUCAAGAAGUAGAACCUUACAGGACAGGGGAAGCUCUGUUAUGCCCUAUGGGAGAGCCUGUGGCUGCCUAGGUCAAACCCUUUGUGCAUAGGUAUUUUGGAAAAGGGGCAUAUUAGAAAUGAAUACACACGUAGCUUCUAAAACAGUACUCUUCAACCUUGGCUUCCCAGUUGUUGUUGAACUACAGUUCCCAUCAUGCCCCAGUCACCUUAGCCAAUGAUCAGGGAUUAUGGGAGUUGUAAUCCAACAACACCUGGGGACCCAAGGUUGAAGAACACUGUUCUAAAAGAGACCUGCAUUGUGUGAUGCCAAAAUAAGUAACCAGAUAAGCGGUGGUGGGCAUGUACUGGACCAGAGGAGACUUGCUGUACAGCUGUGAAGCGUUUGAGGGUGACAGCUGACACUGAUGUCUUAUUGCCCAGAUAAUAUGGUGCGUUUGUUGCAUCAUUUUGCCAGUUGUGCGCUUUCUAUUUUGAUACUACACAUUCUUAAAAUUUCUAGACAAGCUUUUAGAAAUGAGAAUGAUUGCCCAGGUUUAAUACAAAUAUGCAUAGGAUUGUAUUCAGCAUAUUGCGCAAUUGAGUGUUCUCCCCCUCUCCUUCCCCUAUGUGCCCCCUAAAACUGUUCUGGGGGUUCCCCCAACCCUCUGGAACUGAUUGGGGACAGCAUGGGGUACAUACAGGGAGGAGGGGAAGAAAUCCCCAUGCACUAACGCUUCUGUUUAGUUGAAUACCACCCAUAUUGUUUGAAAGGUACACCACCCCAAAUACAGAUACUUGUAACUUGUCCAAAGUUCAACCAGAUUCUAACACUGGACCAAGUAGUAUUUCAUGCGGGUUUGAAGGUCAUCGCUUUAUUAAUGUCAAAAGUUCAGAACAUAUGUGUGCAAAAAAACCCCAUGAGAUAUAAAUUAGGCUGAAUUUGAAGACUUAUGUUGCUUUUUGUUUGAGCCUCAUACAGUAGACUUAAUUCAAAAGUGUAGAUCUCUAUGCCGAAUCAUGUAUGGUAGGUCUGUAUGUCAGUACCCUUUGAUUGCAAAUUUAGAGCCCUAACUCUGUAUAUUACUAUUUUUGUCCUAAAUCAGGGCUAAGGAAUUGUGGUCCUUCAGAUGUUGUUGGGCUCCAGCUCCCAUCAGUCCCAACCAGCCUGGCCAAUGAUCAGGGAUGAUAGGAGAUGUAGUCCAGCGACAUCUGGAGGGCCACCGAUUCCCUUGCCUUGCCCUAAAUCAACCUUCCCCACAUCUGUAAUCGAGAUGUUUUAGACUACAACUUGCAUAAUCCUUGGCCAUUGGCUAUGCUAGCUGCAUCUGUUCAGAGUCCGAAUCCAACAACAUCUGUAGGGUGCCAGGUUGAGGAAGGCUGACCUAAACAGAGAGUUUUGCCAAUAUUUCAUGCUAACCAGGCUGGCUGCUAGUUGGGGAUGUCCCUAUAUAGUGCCCCCAUAGUUGGGGAUGUGGUCAUUACUCCCAUAAACUGUGUCAAAUGUCAGCCAUUAUGUACUGAGUUGCAUGGGACUUUAAAAGAGACCGUGGCAUGAUCAAGUAAGACAGAAUCUCCAUCUCUCCCUCCCUCCCCAUAAAAAUAUAUAAUUAAUUUAUACUACUGUAGGGGGGCCGUAAUUGUGCUGUGAUUGUAUUCUAUAGCUUACUAGCAGCGUGAUCCUUAACAUAUUUAUUCAGAAGUUGAGUCUUGCUGAGUUCAGUUGAGUAAGUUUAGGAUUGCAGCGACAGUGCUAUACAUAGCCAAUUCAGGUCUACCUUUGUGUUCAAAGUUGCUGACAUGGACUAGUUAGGAGAUCAGACAGUUCAGGUUCUCUGAAAUUAUAAGGCUGGUUUACAACUUGUAGGUGGUACAAAGAGUGGAGUCUUGUGAUGGUGUAUGUGCCCCUACCCCCACAUGCAUGUAGAACAGGCCUUAUGAUCAAACACAUGCUUGUGCACAUCUUACCCAAGUAGUCUGUACACUUUGAAAAUCGGUGUACAGAUUGUAGGGGAUGGGUGUAUGUAUUUAGGGGAUACAUAAUGUAUGUGUCAAAUUGCAAUACACAUUGGAGAGCUAAUAUGAUGUAGUGGUUAGUGUUGGACUGGGACCUGGGAGACCCAGGUCCCCACUCAGUCAAGGGGUUCAGAUUCCAGAGAGCUCACUGGGUGACUUAGCCAGGAAGCUCACUGGGUGACCUUGGGCCAGUCACUGUCUCUCAGCCUAACCUACCUCACAGGGUUGUUGUGAGGAUAAAAUUGAGAGGGGGAGAACCAUGUUUGUAUGCCACCUUGAGCUCCGUGGAGGAAAGGUGUGAUAUAAAUGUAAUAAUAAAGUAAGUAGUAAUAAAAUAUUCUACGUGUGUAAGAAAUAUACAUAAGCCCAAGGUCCCCAUGCCCUGGUGCAUGUAAAUUCUGGUGUCAAGUGGCUCUUCAUUUGCAUGCAAAUGAUUGGAAGGAGUCCACAUAAGAGUGCCCCAGAAUAUAGCCUCCUGGGUCUACUCCUGUACUGAAUAAGACAGCUCUUGGGUAUCUUAUGCAAAGAUGUAUGAACAGAGAGAGGGUGAAGGGAGGAAAAGGUAGUCAUAUUGGUCUAAGUGGGAUAUUUCAGGUGUUCUUAAAGCUUUGUUGAUACUUACACCACUUUAGGCCUCCCCCCCAGCUCACUUUUUGUAAAAAAGGUUGACAUGUGAAUGGAAAGAGUGCCUCUUUAAAAUAAUAUGUCUAAAGUCCUGAAAACAUUUUGAAGUUUUUGAUAUUUGCUUUAAUACCAGAAAUAUUCAAAAAAGACAUAUCAGUUUACUUUUUAUCCUGCCAGUUAUGUUAGGCUGAUAUUGGCAACUCCUCAGCCCUGCCUUUGGAAGGAUGAAUGCGACAAACCUUUUUUAAACUUAUCCUCAAAAGUUUGAUAUCUUAGUAGUUAACCAAAGCAAAUGCAAGUCUUAUGCAAAUCUAAACUAAAACUAAAAGUCUAAACUAAAAGUGAACUUCUAUCCUCUGUCUAGCAAUAAGACCCAGGCAAUAAAAAUUAUACAACCAAUUGCCUCCUAAAAAACAAAGGCCGGGGGCUUAGUAAUGUAGAUUAUUUAAGCUUUUAAAUGGAAAUACUUUAUAAAAAUAUGAGUUAGCAAAGGGUUUGUUAAAGAGUGUUUUGUAUCUUACAUACUCAACAUACUGUUUUACUUCUUUAUUGUGUCAUUGGCCCGUCUUGGCCUAUGGACCUGGUGUAAAUGCUAUUUUAACUUGUUUGUGUUCUCCUUAUAUAUUGUCUGGCUACUAUAAUUUUUUUAGUUAUUUAUUUACAAUAGGAUGACUGAAUUUGGUGCAUGGUUUUCACCAUAUGUUUUUGAAAUAUCACCGCAUUUUUCCCAGUCUCAUUUUUAUUAAUUUAUUAUUGUUGGUGUCGCCAUACACAAUACAGUCAUUGCAACUCAAUAACAAUGGUACUGUUUGAAAAUUUUAACCUGAAGCAUUUAUUGAUAAGCUGAUGU